CGAGUUCGAAGAUUCCACGCAUAGUAAUAUAAAAGUAAUAUCAAAACCUGAAUAUGAAGAGGAAAUUCAAAAAGAUAAUAAUACAAAUCCUUUAGAUACUUUUAAUCAAUUAAUUCAUCAUCAAAAUCAAUCUUACUUUACAAGUAUAAUCGGUUAUUUUUAUCAAUUUGGAAUUGGUACAGAAAUUAGUUAUAGAUUAGCGAACAAGUUUUAUUCACGAUCAAACUUUCAUGAUGUAAAAACUUCUAAUUCAA